GUCAAAAGUCUUAUCUUUAUGCAGACUUUGGCGACUGAAUUGUUUUUCUUUUAUUCAAUCUUACUUAAGAAUGGAACUUAAAGUAAUUGUUUUAUCAUGCAUAAUUAUAACGGUUACCGUGGCUACGGAAAAGGAGGUUACCAAAGAAACUCAGUAUGCAGACGAAGGCGAUGAUUUGUCAAUCCAAAACAUAGCUAAGAUAUCCAAGCAGGCUGAAACCAAUAAGAAGUUUGAGAAUAUCUUCGCUCGUAUGGAACUUCUCGAGGCUCGUGAAAAGGCUCGCGAGCAGAAAUAUAUGAACGAGAUUCAAAUUUUAAAGCACCAGCUUUCGAUCCAAACACGUCGUACGGCAUCGCUUGAAAGAUUGGUCAAAAGUCUUCAUAACAAAAAGGUCGAUCAUGACAAUAAACGAAUGGAAAAGCAAGACGAAUCUACAAAUAACGUAAAAAGAAGAAUUAUGUCGCCGAAAGUACAAUCUCGUGAUGUAAAAAGAAGUCAAAGAAUUCGUCGAGCCGAAAACGAAAAUCCAGUCGCCUUCUUCGCUACACUUGACCAGCAUCUAACUCAUGUAGGAAUUCAUCAACCAAUUGCCUUUGACAAUGUGACAACUAACAUCGGCAAUGCUUACAACAGUCAUUUCGGUUCUUUCAUUGCUCCAGUUCCUGGUACUUACGUCUUUUCAGCGACCCUCUUCUCACACUAUCACGCUGAUUAUCAUGUUCAAUUUGUCAAAAAUGGACAAUCACUUACCAACAUCUACAUGAGAGGUUCGGAGUCUGGCUACGGUACAAUGAGUCAAACGAUCGUGCUGCAACUUCAAAAGGGUGACGAUGUGUCCAUCCAAAACAAUGAAGUAGACAGUGCAAUCUUUGGCGCCAAUUACUGUACUUUCUCGGGAUUUCUACUUCAGGAGGAGUUUUCAAGUGCGGCAGUUGUUGGAAAAUAGAGCAGUUUAAUAAAUUGUCUUGUGUAAAAGUUAUAUAAUAUUCAAAACAACUCCAUCUUGUUUUUGAAAUUAAUUAAAUAUUCCUAUGCAUGACAAAGUUACUUAAAGUAAAAAGCGGU